AAGACCUAUUUUACCUACUAUUCACCCUUGAUAGUGAGGGACCUUUCUAAAGAUUUGCACAUCAUGUUUCCCGCAAUAUUAUUUCGUGCUUUGAUUAAAAAGGAUUACGGCGACAUUUAUCGUCUUGACAGCUGGGGUACAAGACAGGAAUUAUACAACGUAGUAUUCCUUUCUAACCCAAGAAACCUAAAAGAACAACACACUCAAAGGACAUGAAUUUUUCCGUGCGCAAAAAGCCUCAGAGAACUAGAAUCGGUGUUCUUAGCAUAGAAAAUCAGGAUAUCCAGACUCCUUGUUGUUUACUUUACUCUCGUGGAGGCGCAAUACCUCACCUAACCAUGGAUGUUCUAGACUCGAUUGGAAAUUUACCAUCCAUUCUUCAUUUAUCUCUUGAAACCAUGAUUGAUCAGCCAGGAAUUGAGACAAUUAAUAAGUCAAGCCACAAUGGAAUAAAGCCAUUCUUAGGACUUCAAGGAUUCAUUACAUACUUAUCAAUUCAAGAUCCUGGUCAAGAAAUACGUGAAGGCUACAAUGAAGAGAAGUCUGUGUCUGUAUGGACACCAGGUGGCCGCAAAAAGGUGGAUGUGAAUCAGUUCAAAGCAGUGCUUGAAUCAUUCAAACCUGACAUGGCUGAAUGUCUUUGUGAUACAAUUCCUGCAUCAGGACAGACCGAAAAGAGAAUUCAUAAAUCUGUUGAUCGGACAUUAAAAUUUCUUGACCAAUGUAUUGAGGAAAAGGCAAAAAGUAAGAGCUUGAUAUCAUGCAAUUUAGUAGGAGUAAUCGAAGGAUCAAGCUCAGAGACACAAAGAAUACGAUCUGCAAAAGAAACAUCAAAGAGACCAGUUGCAGGUUUUGUUCUUGAGGGAUUCAGUUCUAGUGUGUGUAAUUGGUGUGCUUUGUUGAAGAAGACUUUGGAAUUUUUACCUGAUGAUAAGCCCCGACUGAUUCAUGGUGUUGGAUCUCCAGAAGAGGUAGUGUUGGCCGUGGAAUGUGGAGUUGAUAUCUUUGAUUCAUGCUAUCCUUGUCAAGUAGCAGAGAGAGGAUGUGCUUUGGAUAUUAAGUGGAGCAGAAAAAGGUUCAAACCAGAGCUCACCUAUUCACCCUCAACUUCAGAGAGAAUAGAAGGAGAACAAAAAAGUUCACAUGAAAAAGAACUAGAUGGUGGUGAAACAAUGUAUGAAAUAAAUCUCAAUCAUGUAAGGUAUAGCUCAGACUUCACUCCUCUUGUUAGUGGCUGUACAUGUUACUGCUGUACGAAUCAUACACGGGCAUAUGUUCAUCAUCUGCUUGUCACCAAAGAGAUGCUUUCUAAAGUUCUUCUCAUGAUACAUAAUUUGCACGAAUAUUGCCAGUUUUUCACGGGCAUUCAUUUAUCAAUCAAAGAGGAUAACUUUGAAGAGUUCAAAAGAAACUUCACAGAAAGCCAUCAUCUAUAGCAUUAAGAUCCUUAGCUUGUCUUCAUUUCUUUUGAACAAAAUUUUAGUUUUCUUGUUGCGACCUUCCUAUCAACUCUCCUAGAGACGUGUGCUAGAGUAAGACUCUAGUUUUACAGGGUUUGUGUUAAGGUCACAAACAAGACCCUCAUCUUUUCCCUCCUGGCCCCACCCACGUCUUAAAUGACCUGUAUAAUCCAGUUUCUUACACAUCAUUGUGACUGUGUGGCUUGACGUCUAUCUUUGUUGAUCCAUUUGUUUGUCCAUACGUUUGUGUCUUCUUCACUCUGUCUUUGUGUCAAUCUGUCUUUCUAUUUGUCCAAUGGGCUGGCAAACUUUUUCUUUAAAUUAAACGUUUUCACCAGUCAUCAUUAAUCGUCAGGAAGGGAUCACAUGGUUUCGGGGGGAACGGAGGGGGGUAUACAGAGUAUAAAGGGGGGGGAGACCAUAGAAAAUUGACUGCCAAUAACUGCCAAUGAGGGGUGAUCAUAUGAAUAUCACAAACCAUAUAGGGAAAUCACGUAAAUGUUAUUGUGAAACCACCAAAAGCCCUCCACCCUCCCCCACCCUCAUCCUCCUCAAUGACGGGUCCCUCAACUUCUCAACACGCGGCACAAACUGGGGUCAGUGGGUGGGGACAAGAACUAUAAAACUUCAAUCUCGUCAGUGCUGCUACUCUUGAGAACCAAUACUAAGAAGAGAGUUUUCACUUGUGACAACUGAGAUACUUUCAUCCAAUUAUUUAUUGAAAAAUUCUCUCCAUAAAUUUUCACUCGCAAAAUAAAGCAUUUUAAAAUUUUCACAA